CAUAAACUUUUUUGUCCGUGGUUUCUCCUUAGGAGAAACCACGGACAACAAAAAAGUUUAUGCACCCUGAUAAAUACCAAUAAGACAAGCGACAGCGCUAUGACUACAAUGGCUUGUGUCAAUGUUAUUAAAGUUUCCCAAAACGAUCAUAAUUUUAUUUUUUAGCAUAAAUAAAUAUAUUUAUUGCACAUUAUAAUUUUGUUUACCCUUCUAUUUACUUUAAAAUGUUUGCCGUAACGGUAAGAAUAAUACAUUCAUCACUUCAAAACCAUGCAUUUAUAAUUAUAUUUACAUAUAAUUGACAGGAUACAAUGGCUGCUGUCUGCGGCCGAUACAGCGUUCAUCUUCAUCCGAUCACAUUUGUACCACUGGUGGAGCUUGGGCCCUUGGAUAUUGCCACAAAUCUACCCCGUGGAAGCCAAGCAACCCCCAACAAGCUGUCCUUGAUUUGCCUUGAUCUUUCCGCUGAUUCACGCUACCUCGUCACUGCGGACUCUGGUCGCAACAUCUACCUGUUUGAAUUUACGCCUCACACCUGGGACCAUGUCACUAGCUGGACAAUGGACAAACGAACUGCAAAAGUUCAAUUUGAUCAAAGUGGCAACCAUAUCGUUAUUACCGACAAAGGUGGGGAUGUUUUUGUCACAACAAUUGGCUCGUUGUCCGCGAACCGUCCUGGCGAACCAGUAACAAUUUCAACCCCAAAACGGAUUUUAAAGCACAGUCACCAUGUUCUAGAUGUGAUUUUCAGUCAAGACAAAAUCUUGACUUGUUGCAGUGAUGAAAUGGUUCGAGUUUGCACUUACCCUACAAUCGUGGAACUUAUCGGUCUCGGCUUUAAACUGGCCCACAAGGAGUCAGUGGUCAACAUUGCCCUCGUCAACAGGGAUACCAACCUCCUGUCCAUCUCUGCCGAAGGGACGUUGAAAUUUUGGCGUAUUUGGCUUGAUUUUCUUGAACAUCAGCAUAACGUCCUGGAGGACAGUUCCAGUCAGAGUGCGAAAAGCCAUCGUUGUAUAAAAUCCUGGAAUAUUUUCUCCAUCUUAGACACCGAAAGAGCGCAUGCGAACGAAGUUGUGCGAAUGGCUGCCUCGAGCUUUGAGGGGAGGAUUUAUGUUGCUGUUUUAAUUUCAGGCUUCAAACAACUUCCCGUUUUCGAACUGAGACCUUUGGAAACUACGUUACGAUUGUUUGGUCAAUGCCGCCUAGCAAACGACUUUGUUGACCUCGCCUGGCGUGGAAAGAAUCUUUUUGUCUUCAACCCUGCAGAAGCUAAUCUCUCGAAAUAUGUCAUCUCAAGUCAUGGGGGUCUCAUGAAAGAAGAGUUUCCACUCCGGUUCAGCUCCAGCGUAAAGAAGGAUGUGAUUGCUUUUGGAGCCUACAAUCGUCCCUUUUUCCCAGUCAAGAAACGAGUUCCUUCACACAUUUUGGAAACUGUUGAGGAAACUAAGAAAGUUUUGCUCAACGAGUUUGGACCAUUACCCUCAGAAGAAGAAAAGGAAGCUGCAGAAGCGUUAUUGCUUGCUCAAGAAAAGAUUAUUGAAGAGACGCCAGAGGAACGACAUGCUCGUUUGGCCGAGUUUACAUCCAAACUAAUGUUGAAAAAGAGAGAAAACAAGGUGGUCAAAGUAGUAAUGACCCCACAGACACCUGAAAUAUAUCCUUCAAUAUUGAUGUCGCCGAUGGACAGGCAUGGGCAGUCUUCUGUGGAGAAGGUAGUAAUGGAUGCUGAAAAUGUUUCUGUUGCAAACAAUGGAGUGAAGAAUGCUGUCAAAGAAAUUGUAAAACUGGAUGAAAUCUCCUCUACGCAAGAAACGGAAGCCAUCCAAACAGAUGCUGUUAGUUUGGAAGAAGAUGACGAUAACGACUUCGAUCUUGAGGAUCGGGAUGCAGAAGAAGAUUUAUCUGCGAAUUGAAUAAUAUCCAAAAUUCUACAUAUUUAAAUAGGGAAUCUAAAUAUGACCCAUGUUAUACAAUUCGGGCGUACGCUAAUUUCAGCUAAUUGGCAAUCACAAUUAGUACCAAAUUCGUUCCUAAAAUGCGAGCAAUGUCAAUUAUUACGCAAUUGUUGGUAUAUAUGAAAUAAACUUACUGAAUGAUA